UGUCCCCGCCACGGCAGACAACGACGAACAACGGUCUGACGUUACUACCUUUGAAAUGGCGUCGAUGCAGUUAAAUACGAUGUUAUUUGUUGUUGUUUUGUUAGUUUAGGUCGCUUCGUGCUACAAUUUUCUGGUCCAUUGUGAAUUUCUGGACCUGGCCUUUAUAUUUGGGCAUUACAAAGUUGAUAAGCAAAAAUGUGGUGAAGCAAAUUGUUAAUACUUUACGUUGCAUAAUAAGGCCGCAGCUAACCCCGAGCUUGCGUAGGGAUUACAACGGCUUUUCAAUAGUUGGCCCAGCCGCAGCUACAUUUUGGUUUUCAAGUAAACCUCUGGACAUGUGCAUCAAGUAGAAGAAUCUGAACGUGAAGUGACAGAUUUCACCAGCCUUACCAUUAAUACAUAAAUAAUAAUUCCUUUUGUUGAUUAAUUAGUCUCUCCUCACUCGUUUCCAUUAGAUUUGAAAAUAUUUUACAUAAAUAUCUUGCAAAAAAAACACACUGAACAUGGCAUCAGUGCCCGUGUAUUGUCUGUGUCGUCUGCCGUAUGAUGUGACACGCUUCAUGAUAGAGUGCGACAUUUGUCAAGACUGGUUUCAUGGAAGCUGUGUUGGAGUAGAGGAAGACAAAGCGGCUGAGAUUGACCUGUACCACUGCCCCAACUGUCAGGUCACUCAUGGGCCUUCUGUUAUGCGCAAACGCCGGGGAGGCAAUAAGCAAGUAGAUGGAGGUGCCACUGGAGGAAGAGACCCAAGUAAGCCUGUUAAGACAGGGAGCGCACAGUUUGUUAGGGAGCUACGGAGCCGAACCUUCCCGAAUGCGGAUGAAAUAUUGUUAAAGCCUUCAGGGGCCCAACUUACAGUUGAGUUUCUGGAGGAGCAUUCAUUCAGUGUACCUGUCAUGGUUCUGCGGCGGGAUGGCCUGGGUAUGACCCUACCUCCAUCAUCAUUUGGCGUCAGUGAUGUGGAGCACUACAUUGGUUCGGAUAAAGAGAUCGACGUAAUUGAUGUUUCACGCCAGUGUGAUCUGAAGAUGCGUUUGGGCGACUUUGUUGAGUACUACAACAGCCCCAACAGAGACAGGGUCCUCAAUGUCAUCAGCCUGGAGUUCUCUGAGACCAGACUGUCAAACCUGGUGGAGACGCCUAAGAUUGUGAGGAAACUUUCCUGGGUGGAAAACCUCUGGCCUGAAGAGUCUGUUUUCGAGCGUCCCAAUGUGCAAAAGUACUGCCUAAUGGGAGUGAAGGAUAGCUACACAGACUUCCAUAUUGACUUUGGAGGCACCUCAGUGUGGUACCAUGUCCUCAGGGGUGAGAAAAUCUUCUAUUUAAUUUCCCCCACCCCUGCCAACCUGGCACUUUUUGAGCGAUGGAGUUCAUCAUCUAACCAGAAUGAGAUGUUCUUUGGGGACCAGGUUGACAUGUGCUAUAAGUGUUCUGUCAAACAGGGAAACACCUUGUUCAUACCAACAGGGUGGAUUCAUUCUGUGCUCACUCCAGUGGACUGCCUGGCUUUUGGAGGAAACUUCUUGCAUAGUCUUAACAUUGACAUGCAGUUGCGGGCUUAUGAAAUAGAGAAGAGACUAAGCACAGCAGACUUGUUCAAAUUUCCCAACUUUGAGACUGUGUGCUGGUAUGUAGGAAAGCACCUUCUUGAUACUUUCAGAGGUUUGAGAGAAAAUCGCAGGCAUCCUGCCACUUACCUGGUUCAUGGGGCGAAGGCCCUAAACAACGCCUUCCGCAGCUGGACCCGCAAAGAGGCUUUAGCAGAUCAUGAAGUGGAGAUUCCAGAAACCAUCAAUACUCCGGCGCUGGUGAAGGACCUGGCCAAGGAGAUUCGUCUGGUGGAGGAUAUCUUUCAGCAAAACAUUGGCCGCACUGGUCCUCAGUUUCCUGGUUCGCCACUCUCCAAAGCUCCCCUCACCACCUCUCAGAAUUCAGGACGGCCCCCUGGAAAAAAGAAAGGGCCCAAGCCCAAGGAGAUGACAGGGGGUGUUGGGCCCCCAGGAACCAAAAAGAAGAGUCAAAAGGGACUACUUAAAGCAGAAGCAGGAGAACUCGAUCUGAUUGAGAUCCACACCAAACAUACACUCAAGAAAUUUCAACCUGGAAAGUCGAAACACAAGAACAAGUUGGAGUUACCACUAGAGGAGUUUGAAGGGAAGAUAAAUAAAAGCAAGCUGAAACUUGUGUUGACCAAUGGAAAAAUUCAAGGUAAGAAGGAUGGCAGCAGUAAUGGUGCAGGAAGUGCUGGAAACUACAAACAUCUUGCGACGGAGGGAUCCAGUCUGUCCGACUUGGAGUCUGAGGAUGAGUUGCAGAUUGAUGAGACCCCACCUCCACGACGGAAGACAGCUGGACUGAGUAAGAAGAAGAAGCUGAGUGGUCUUCCUAGAAAGCUGCCCAGAGCCAAACCGUGCUCUGACCCUAAUCGCAUCAGAGAGCCCGGAGAAGUUGACUUUGACAUUGAGGAGGACUACACCACUGAUGAAGAGGCACUGGCUGCUCAUGGAGUGAAGGGUGGUGCAGGGGGCAUUCUGGACUUACUGAAGGCUAGCAAGCAAGUGGCAGGCUUGGACUCUACAGCAAUCGGUGAGGAAGCCCCAGCCUCUCCCAGCACUCGUGAUGCCAUUCAAGGGAUGCUCUCCAUGGCCAACCCCCCUUCGUCAUCCUCCUCCUCAUCCUCUUCAUCUCCUUUGUCUAUAUCUGGAGGCCUGACAGAAGGAUUAGGGGUCGUCAAGGAAAAGGGGGGCAAGGCUGUAUGGGUGACAGGAGGGGUCAAAAAGACAGCAAAUUCUGAGAAGAAACCUGUCAUUCAGCGACCUGGAAAACGUCCAAUUAAACGACCAGCCCGUCACCUUAGUGACGAGGAAAGUCCAGAUGAACAGGAGACUCUGGGAACUUGUUUUAAAGAUUCAGACUAUGUUUACCCAUCCUUGGAAUCUGAUGAGGAGGAUCACACCAACAAGACUAAGAUGAAGCGGAAGAAAAACUGGGAUGACACACCAUGGAGUCCAAAAGCCAGGGUGAUGCCCACCCUUCCCAAACAGGAUCGUCCAGCCAGGGAGGGAGCUAGAGUUGCCUCUGUAGAAACUGGCCUUGCUGCAGCUGCUGCCAAGCUGGCACAACAAGAGCAGCAAAAGCCUGCUAAAAGGAAGUACACGAAAAAGCAGCGUCCCCCUGCUCCUGUCAUCACUCCACCUCCUGUUCAGACCGAGCCAGCCCCACCCUCUCCAACACCUGCCCCAGAGUCUGCAGCAGACGCCAGCCCAGACAGAAGAGUGGAUUAUUACUCUGCUAGUCUGUUGGACCAUGAAUAUACAGCAGGACCAGGACCUUUUGGCUCAGGAGGACCUAGAGGCAGUGGAGCCAUGGCUCCGGGUGUAUUUCUUACAUCAAGAAGACCUUCCCUGUCUCCACAAAAUAGCAGCUCUCACUCCGGUGCAUCCCCCGCAGGUUUAUCCAGUCAGGGCACAACAGGAGUUGGUCAAGGGAAACGUCCAAAGAAAGGUCUUGCGACUGCAAAACAGAGACUUGGAAAAAUCCUGAAAAUUCACCGCAAUGGCAAACUUCUCUUGUGAGAGGUGUUGGAAGUGUGGCUGAAGAAUGAGAAUGAAGAAAAGACCUGAAGUAGGUCUGAAGGAAAAAGAGACAGUAAUCUAUAUUUUUUAUUCCAGAUAAAUUUGUUUACUGUUUUUACUCGUUACUGAACCUCACAAAAAAAGUUCUUGUCCUACACCAGUUACUCUGCCCAGUUCUGCUCACCCUCAUCUGCAUAAAGGUAUUUUCGGAAGCACGUGUGGUUUUAAGUGAAUCACUGUAAUGUGCCGGACAAGCACUUAACGUGGUAAUUAACUGUUAAUUACCACCUAUUUGACGUCACAUUUGAAUUUCAGAAUGUCAGGUGGACAUUGAUUUAACGUGGUAAUUGACAAAGGCAAAUGGUUUCUUUUGUUUAGGCCAUUUUAGAGGUUGUAUUUAUGUUUGUACUAUCCAUCAUACUUUUUUUUUCUUUUUUUAAAGGGAAAGAAAACAGUUAAUGUGAUAUUUGUAUAGGCCCCUUUCCCAUGCAGAAGAUCCAUUGGUGCAAAUACUGAGUUGUAGUAUUAUUUUUGUUUAGUUUCCUUUUUACCUAAUUUUUAUUACAAUAAAGGUUGUACAAAACUCAAGUGUGUGCAUAUAAUAUGCGACAUGUAUUAAUUCUUUUUGAGAAAUUUGCCCCUGAUGUUUGUAUAGAAAAUAGAUCUCCAUAUAUUGUAGCUCUACCUAUGAAAGCUGACGUGCUAGACUAAUGCCAGGACUUACCACCAUUAUUAUAUUUAUUCUUUUCAUAUUUAUUUAACAGGGCAGAACUUUUGCCAUCUCUUAUCCUGUUUUAUGUUGUAUGUUUUUACAACCUCAUCUUCUGGUCCCCACGUCAAGUAUUUUCAACCACUUUAUGCUUGUACAAAAACUGUAGCCAUUGCUUUGUUGUCACUGUAAAUACUUGUAAUAUUUGUAAUUAAUAUAGCUGCUUAAAUGCAGAACAAUUUUAGACUUAAAAACAAACAAACAAACAAAAAAAAAGGUUCCUGCAUGUUGCCGUAAAUUGCGCCCCGGAUGUUAGCAGGACUCUUGGGUCAGAAAUAGAAAUGUGUUUUUGUAUCACAGAAUGUACUAGUCCUAAAAUGUUGGCAGAGAUGUAGAUUUAACUUUGUGAAGGUGCAGGACAUGAGGUGAUAUGUAAAUAUAUGUUGUAAUUUAAAUUCUUUUCUAGUUCAAAAACUUUCAGAUCUUUCGUAACAUGACUUGUACAUUAUACAUUGCUGUAUUUGGGAAAUAUCUGAAAUAGUUCUUUUUUAUAUUUGUAUGCAGUAACUCUCAUGCUAAGUCCAUGUUGUCUUGUUAGUGUUAUUGGAAGCGUGCUGGAAAAUGCCCUUGUUAAAUUUCAUCCAUUUAGUUUUAUAUUAAUUAUUGUUGAUUUUCACUCUUGUGUUGGUGUGAACUGUGCAUUUUAAACAUGAUGUGUUUUAAAUACGACCUGGAAAAGAUAAAAUAUACCUUGGGCAAAAUUUCUUUUUUUCUUUGAGUUUAUUUGAUUGAUUGAUUGCUGAGUCACCAAAAGCACUACCGGUGGGUCUUCUGAUUUCUCAUGUCUGCUGGAGAACCAAGGUGUCAGUGCAUUCAUGAAGGUGUCAUUUAGGAACGUUUUUGAAUACACAAACAAGGAAUGUUGUGUUGUAUUAAAAACAUCUACACUUAAUGAUUUUUUUUUCCAAUAAAAGUACAGUUUCAUUAAUUGUAGAGAUUAGCAACCAACCUGGGUAUUUUUAAUAAAGGGUGUAAACAUA